AUGAAGAGACAGGACGACAGGCGGCGAAAGGAGCGAGCCAAAGAUUGUUUUCCAAGCAAGAUGGCAGGUCUGAAUUGUGAAUGUGUGCGAGGCGGGAAACGCGACGCCGCACUCUCUCUCCGUUUGCCCGACUGUGCACUCAACGGGAUGGCAAGGGCCUUGAAAUGGUCGUUUGAAAAGACUCCGAAACGAAGAGCAGAGGCGAUGAAAGAGCAUGCAAGACAGUGUGCAUGA